UUUUAAUAACUGUCAGAAACGUCAAAUUAUAAUAAUGUAAACAAAACUUUUGAAAUAAAUUAUUUAUUUAUAUUUUAGCCGUAAAUUCUAAGAAUACUGUCACUGAUAAAUUUUCUGUCUCAUCGUCAUUUAACCGAUCAGCAACAUCAGCAUGCCUAUUGCACAACAACAGCAAACAGAACCACAAGAAGAGACUAAACCUCCUCCUGUCGACAAUAAGAGAAAUGAACCACCUUUCGGCACUGUUGACUGGCUUUAUUAUUGGGCCCAGUUUGAAGGCCAGAUGCCGACUCCCAUAGAUGUGUCUUUAACGGGCUCUAUGGCCUAUUUAUGUCCAGAACUAAAGUGGUACAACUAUAACGUGUAUGCUCACAAAAUAAAGCUGACCAACACCGGUUAUACGAUAUUGCUUGGAGCAAAAUGGAUGACAGAACGUCCAUACCUUGAGGGUGGCUGCUUCAGGGACAAGCACGUGAUAUCACAGGUUCACUUCCACUGGGGAGCCGACAUGAUGGGGGGCAGUGAGCACACGGUCGACAAGAGACGGUAUCCGGGGGAAAUGCAGGUAACUUACUUCAGGGCUCAAUAUAUGACACAACAAGAGGCAUUGAAGUACGAAGAUGGUGUCGUGGUUGUUUGCUACAUGAUAAAGUAUGGCGUAAACCCAGACGUUCGCUUAGAGCGCAUAAUUGAAGGGUUCUCUCGGUGUCGACCGCCCAAAACCACGACCCGCAUAGGGCCCUACCCCAUGUCGCUCCUAAUGCCUAUGUUUUACGAAGACUACUUCCUAUACUGGGGUCGGUUGGCUACAGUAAAAGGAGACAGCUAUACCGUCAGGUGGCUGGUGCCGAGGGUGACGAUGUUUGCUUCUUUCGAUCAGAUGAAUGAGUUCCGUAAACUUUGGAACCCGUGGGACGAACCCAACCUCGGUAAUUUCAGACCACUGCAAGAACGGGGCAAGUUCGUCAUACCAGAUGAUGAUAACCCGCCCGUAACUUUUGACAGACACAUAUGGUGCAUAAAUCCUUAUUGGAACCUUUACAAUUCCACGCUACCCAUCCCAAGAGUCCCCGAGAGGUCUAUUUCGAUAUUGUCACCCGAAUACAGAACCAAGUGGUGGAUGCUUCCGCCCCAAAAUGAGUACAUGAUUACUGAAAUGAUAAAUGAACAAGAGAAUGCAGAAAAUAAAGAAAUUACUACGUGACAUAGGUAGAACUUAAUUUAUAGUGACCCCAUGAGAACAGUACCUAAAAAUAUAUACCAACUGGCACGGUCGGCGGCGCAGCGGACGAAAACAUUGAAUAAGUACCUAGUAAUUUUCAACCUACUCAGUGGUUGUGUUCCUGCCGGUGAGUAAGGUUGCCAGAGCUCAACGAGGGGGGAGGGUUAGGGUCGGCAACGCGCACGUAACUCUUUUGGAGUUGCAGGCGUACAUAGGCUACGGAGACUGCUUACCAUCAGGCAGACCGUAUGCUUGUUUGCCACCGGCGUAGUAUUGAAAAAAUAUAUAUUUACUUGUAAAUUAAAUAUAAUAUUCCUGUA